AUGCUGCCAGGUGAUGGUCACCCGCUGCUACUUGUGAGUGUUUCAAGAUACAAAUUAACGGUAGAUUUUGGGCAUUGUUGUACUAAAUGCGUUCUCUUCGUCAGCUAUCGUAUAAUUAUGUAUUACACAAAUUGGCUUGUUGGUGUGAAAAAUAGAGCAUGCAUUCGCAAAGCAAACAAAACGCAUAGUAUCGACUGGAAAAGCUUCAUGGACCUAUAUAACAAUACAACGUCGUACAAUCGAAAUAGAUCUGAGCUCAUUUUAAGCAAGCUUCUUUGGAAAAAAGAUUACAAGAUAAUCAAGAAAAUUGGAGAAGGGACAUUUUCAGAAGUGGUGAAGGCUCAAAGCCUGAAAGAUGGGAAAUAUUAUGCCUGUAAAACGAUGAAGCAGUCACUCAGCAGCCUGGAACAGGCCAACAACCUACGAGAAGUCCAGGCCAUGAAGAAACUGAACCCUCACCCCAACAUCAUUCAGCUGCAUGAAUUGAUAUUUGACAAAGAAUCAGGGACCCUGUCCUUGGUAUGUGAGCUGAUGGAGAUGAACAUCUAUGAGUACAUACGAGGGAGGCAACAACCUUUGCCAGAAAGUAAAAUCAGACACUACAUGUAUCAACUUUGCAAGUCACUCGAUCACAUGCAUAGCAAUGGGAUCUUCCACCGUGAUGUUAAGCCAGAGAACAUUCUAAUCAAACAUGAUGUGCUCAAACUAGGAGACUUUGGCUCGUGCAGGAGUUUGCACUCCAAGCCCCCCUACACAGAGUACAUUUCCACCCGCUGGUACAGAGCCCCAGAGUGCCUCCUCACAGAUGGCUAUUACUCACACAAGAUGGACAUGUGGAGUGUAGGAUGCGUUUUCUACGAGAUCAUCAGUCUCAGCCCUCUGUUUCCGGGUACCAACGAGUUGGAUCAGGUGACCAAGAUCCAUGAUGUUUUGGGUACACCUGACAGCAGUCUUCUUCAAAAAUUCAGGCAGUCUAGGGCGAUUCGUUUUGACUUCCCUCCACGGAAGGGCAGUGGGAUCUCUCGGCUCAUCCCAAACUGUUCUGCGCCCAGUCUGUCAUUGCUCUACCAGAUGCUGGCCUACGACCCAGAGGAGCGCAUUGGCUCACGAGCGGCACUACAGCACGCCUAUUUUAGAGAGCUACGGCUGGCAGAGAGGAGAGCUGAUAGUCUGCACAGGGCCAUUGGGACUGUAGAGGGAGGACAGAGCAGUGGGACCCCCAACUCUGUGGAUCACAUGUGGCGCAUGGCCAGACAGGGCAGGAGGCAUCACAACAUAAAGCAUGUUGCCGAGCCUCAGAUCAGACGCAACAUCCAACAUUAUCCAGUGGAAUUACCAAAGCUCAAUGUGGUAGUGCCUGCACCCCAGAUCACCUACCCUGUUACCACAGUGCCAGCUCUUACCAUCAAUCACAGUGGGUCCCCCCUUCCAGUCAUCACGUCAAAAAAGUGCCACUUGCGGUUGGCUAAGUCAUUGGCAGCAGAGAACUGGAAGGAAAGGCAGCCAAACGAGGUGUUGGCUUUGGGGAUGACCAGUGAAAUAUACCUGCUGGAGCGUGUGCUACGGCCAAGGGAUGAGUCCUACCGCUCUGCUUUCAAGACCUACUACAUGCCUCCUUUGGACAGGAAACGCGGUGGCUACUGAGAGCCCCAAUUCUUAAGAACCGUUGCUGUUUAACAGAACAUACCUGUAGCUACUGAGAGCCCCAAUUCUUAAGAACCGUUGCUGUUUAACAGAACAUACCUGUAGCUACUGUACAUACUCUAAUCUGCUUUGUUUGAAAUGUUAAGACAAUAUUGUUUGAACAAAGCUAUUCAGCUUCUGUAAAGCCUGCCACUUUCUGGUGAGAAAUGCAAACAGGGCUUUUGACAAAGGAAUAUCACAUAGCAAUAAUUACCAGGGUUAAUUUGUACAAGUCAUAAUUCCUGCAGAUUAAAUAUAACAUGAUCCCCAAAGUAUAUUUGACUCUGUCAUCAGUGUUAGCCUAAUGAGAUAUUGCCUAUUAACCAUUAAUUACCCAGCCAUUUCCUAACUAAAUUAGGUGUCAUGUUAACAGCUGUUGAUAAGUUUGCUCAAAAUGACUACUCGCAUGCAAUGCAGAAAUUCAAGGAUGAGCUCUGAUAUAGUUAAUCAAGUGAUGACAGAGCCAGCAUUAGUUCAUUGAUUCAGCACAGUGUAGUGUAUGCUAGUGCUUGACAAAAUUAGAUUUUGGGAAAUUCACUUUUUUGCUCACAGAGCAAAAAAAAAACAAGAUGUUGAGCAAAGAUAGGAGUCAACCGUUUUGAAAAAGACCAUUUGCUUUUCUUGAAAAAAAAUAAAAACAUAGGCUCAUUAAAACAUGAAUUUAAAGUGCACAUACGGAAAAAAAAUGAACAUACAUUCUAAUGUAAUAAAAUCUAAAGUUGCAGAUUUCCUAGUGACUUCCAAAGCAAGUGUCAUGUGCAUGACAAUAAUUACAAAAGAAACUCCUUAAACUCUCAGAAUGUGCAUUAGUACCACCCCUUUUACAAAAGAUCUGUAGAGUAUACUACUGCAUUGCCAAAGGAGUAUAAAAUGUAACUGUAUUUUGUAACAUGUUCUGUGAAUGUUUUUCCCUUUUUUAAUGAUGUCAAAUUACAUAGGAUUUUCCAAAGCUGUGACAGCUUUUUGAGACAAAGGUACACUACAUGACCAACAUUUUGUGGACACCUGCUCGUUGAACGUCUCAUUCCAAAAUCAAGGACAUUAAUAUGGAGUUGGUCCCCCCUUUGCUGCUAUGAACAUCCUCCACUCUUCUGGGAAGGCUUUCCACUAGAUGUUGGAACAUUGCUGCAGGGACUUUCUUCCACAGCCACAAGAUGUUGGGCAAUUCAUCGCAAAUGUGUUCUAUGGAGUUGAGGUCAGGGCUCUGUGCAGGCCCGUUUAAGUUCUUCGCCACUGAUCUUGACAAACCAUCUGUAUGGACAUAGUUGGCGUUCCAAUGGCGGCAAGCUUUACAACACUCCAGCCAACACAUGGUGAUCUUAGACUUGGGUGUGGCUGCUGGACCAUGGAAACCAAUUUCAUGAAGCUCCUGACGAACAGUUCUUGUGCUGACGUUUCUUCCAUGGGCAGUUUGGAACUCUGUAGUGAGUGUUGCAACCGAGGACACAGAACGGUGGUCCCAUUCUGUGAGCUUGUGUGGCUGAGCUGUUGUUGAUCCUAGAUGUUUCCACUUCACAAUAACAGCACUUACAGUUGACUGGGGCAGGUCUAGCAGCGCAGAGCUUUGACGAACUGACUUGCUGGGAAGGUGGCAUCCUAUGACGGUACGACGUUGAAAGUCACUGAACUCUUCAGUAAGGCCAAUCUACUGCCAAUAUUUGUCUAUGGAGAUUGCAUGACUGUGCUCGAUUUUAUACACCUGUCAGCAACAGGUGUAUAAAAAAAAAUAAAAAAAAUGUAGAUUUGUCACUGGUACUGCACAAUGUCAAAGUGGAAUAAUGUUUUUUGAAAUUUUAACAAAUUCAUUUUUUUAAUGAAGCUGAAACGUCUCGAGUCAAUAAGUAGUCAACUCCUUUGUUGUGGCAAGCCUAAAGAAGUCCAGGACUAAACAUUUGCUUAACAAGUCAUAAGUUGCAUGGACUCACUGUGUGCAAUAAUAGUGUUUAACAUGUUAUUUUUAUGUCUCAUCUCUGUACCCCACAUGUACAAUUAUCUGUAAGUUCCCUCAGUUGAUCAGUGAAUUUCAUCCACAGAUUCAACCACAAAGACCAGGGAGGUUUUCCAAUGCCUCGCAAAGAAGGGCACCAAUUGGUAGAUGGGUAAAAAAAAAGCAGACAUUUAAUAUUCCUUUGAGCAUGGUUAAGUUAUUAAUUCCACUUUGAAUGGUGCAUCAAUACACCCAGUCACUAAAGAUACAGGCGUUAUUCCUAACUCAGUUGCCUGAAAGGAAGAUUUUUGUUUUUGUUAUGGUCCUUCUGUAGCUCAGUUGGUAGAGCAUGGCGCUUGUAAUGCCAGGGUAGUGGGUUCGAUUCCCGGGACCACCCAUACGUAGAAUGUAUGCACACAUGACUGUAAGUCGCUUUGGAUAAAAGCGUCCGCUAAAUGGCAUAUAUUAUAUUAUAUUAUUAUUUUUAAAUGUGGCAAAACACACUUUUGGUCAAGAAAACAAAGUGUUAUGUUUGGGGAAAAUCCAAUACAACACAUACAGUUGAAGUUGGAAGUUUACAUACACUUAGGCUGGAGUCAUUAAAACUUGUUUUUCAACUACUCCACAAAUUUCUUGUAAACAAACUACAGUUUUGGCAAGUCGGUUAGGACAUCUACUUUGUGCAUGACACAAGUAAGCUUUCCAACAAUUGUUUACAGACAGAUUAUUUCACUGUAUCACAAUUCCAGUGGGUCAGAAGUAUACGUACACUAACUGGACUGUGCCUUUAAACAGCUUGGAAAAUUCCAGAAAAUUAUGUCAUGGCUUUAGAAGCUUCUGAUCGGCUAAUUGACAUAAUUUGAGUCAAUUGGAGGUGUACCUGUGGAUGUAUUUCAAGGCCUACCUUCAAACUCAGGACCUCUUUGCUUGACAUCAAAAUAAAUCAGCCAAGACCUCAGAAAAACAGUUGUAGACCACAAGUCUGGUUCAUUCUUGGGAGCAAUGUCCAAAAGCCUGAAGGUACCACGUUCAUCUGUACAAACAAUAGUAAGCAAUUAUAAACACCAUGGGAACACACAGCCGCCUUACCGCUCAGGAAGGAGACGUGUUGUCUCCUGGAGAUGAACGUACUUUGGUGCGAAAAGUACAAAUCAAUCCCGGAACAGCAGCAAAGGACCUUGUGACGAUGCUGGAGGAAACGGGUACAAAAGUAUCUAUAUCCACAUUAAAAACGAGUCCUAUAUCGACAUAACCUGAAAGACCGGUCAGCAAGGAAGAAGCCACUGCUCCAAAACAGCCAUAAAAAAGCCAGACUACGGUUUGCAACUGCACAUGGGGACAAAGAGAACAUGAGAAAUGUCCUCUGGUCUGAUGAAACAAAAAUAGAACUGUUUGGCCAUAAUGACCAUCAUUAUGUUUGGAGGAAAAAGGGGGACGCUUGCAAGCCGAAGAACACCAUCCCAACCAUGAAGCACAGGGGUGGCAGCAUCAUAUUGUGGGGGUGCUUUGCUGCAGGAGGGACUGGUGCACUUUACUAAACAGAUGGCAUCACGAGGAAGGAAAAUUGUGGAUAUAUUGAAGCAACAUCUCAAGACAUAAGUCGGGAAGUUAAAGAUUGGUCACAAAUGGCUCUUCCAAAUGAACAAUGACCCCAAGCAUACUUCCAAAGUUGUAGCAAAAUGGCUUAAGGACAACAAAGUCAAGGUCUUGGAGUGGCCAUCCAAAAGCCCUGACCUCAAUUUGUGGGCAGCACUGAAAAAGCGUGUGCGAGCAAGGAGGCCUACAGACCUGACUCAGUUACACCAACUAUGUCAGGAGGAAUGGGCCAAAAUUCACCCAACUUAUUGUGGGAAGCUUGUGGAAGGCUACCCAAAAUGUUUGACCAAAGUUAAACAAUUUAUGCUACUGAAUACUAAUUGAGUGUAUAAACUUUUGACCCACUGGGUAUGUGAUGAAAUAAAUCAAAGCUGAAAUAAAUCACUCUAUUAUUCUGACAUUUCACAUUCUUAAAGUAAAGUGGUGAUCCUAGCUGACCUAAGACAGGGACUUUUUACUAGGAUUAAAUGUCAGGAAUUGUGAAAAACUGAGUUUAAAUGUAUUUGGCUUUGGUGUAACUUCUGACUUCAACUGUAACAGAGUACCACUCCAUAUUUUCAAGCAUAGUGGUGGCUGCAUCAUGUUAUGGAUAUGCUUGUAAUCUUUAAGGACUGGGACAUUUUUCAGGAUAAAAAACAGAAUGAAGCUAAGCACAGGCAAAGACCUGGUUCAGUCUGCUUUUCACCAGACACUGGGAAAUUAAUUUACAUUUCAGCAGGACAAUAACCUAAAAUACAAGGCCAAAUAUACACUGGAGCUGCUUACCAAGAAGACAGAGUUGCUUACCAAUGAGUGUCCGAGUCACAGUUGACUUAAAUCUACGGCAAGACCUUAAAAUGGUUGUUUAGCAAUGAUCAACAACCAAUUUGAUAGCUUGAUGAAUUUUGAAAAUAAAAGGGCAAAUGUUGCACAGUUGCAGGUGUGGAAAGCUCACAUCUUCAAUCGCUGCCAAACGUGCUUCUACAAAGUACUGACUCACAGGUGUGAGGACUUAUGUAAAUUAUUUUUGUAUUUAAUUUGCAAACACUUCUAAAACACUUUCACUUUGUCAUUAUAGGGUAUUGUGUGUUGAUUAGUGAGAAACAAAAAUCAGUUUAACCCAUUUUGAGUUCAAGCUGUAACAAAAUGUGGAAUAAGUCAAGAGGAACCAAUACUUUCUGAAGGCACUGUAGAUGCAAUGCAUAUUGUAUAUACAUGUGUCCCAGCACUUACAAUAAUGUAUGGGAACAAGCAUAGUGAAAGUGUGUUUCAUGUUCCUUUUGGUGUUUCCUUCCUGGAGAUGAGUGCAUUUAAUAUGUUACAUUUCCUACAUCAAAACACACUACAUGACCAAAAGUAUGUGGACACCUACUCAAACAUCUCAUUCCAAUAUGAUAUUGUCGUCGCAGGCAUUAAUAUGGAGUUGGUCCACCCUUUGCUGCUUAACAGCCUCCACUUUUCUGGGAAGGAUUUCCACUAGAUGUUGAAAUAUUGCUGUGGGGAGCGAUUAGGCCUGGCUCGCAGUCGGUGUUCCAAUUCAUCCCAAAGUUGUUCGAUGGAGUUGAGGUCAGGGCUCUGUGCAGGCCAGUCAAGUUCUUCCACACCAAUCUUGACAAACCAUCUGUAUGGACCUUGCUUUGUGCACGGGGCAUUGUCUUGCUGAAACAGGAAAGGGCCUUCCCCAAACUGUUGCCACAAAGUUGGAAGCACAGAAUCGUCUAGAAUGUCAUUGUAUGCUUGGUGUGUUAAGAUUUCCCUUCACUGGACUAAGGGGCCGAGCCCGAACUAUGAAAAAUAGCCCCAGACCAUUAUUCCUCAUCCACAAAACUUUACAGUUGGCACUAUUAUGCAUUCAGGAAGGUAGCAUUCUGCUGGCAUCCGCUAUAAAGCCAGAUCUGUCCAUCAGACUGCCAGAUGGUGAAGCUUGAUUCAUCACUCCAGAAAAUGUAUUUCCUCUGCUCCAGAGUCCAAUGGCGGCGAGCUUUACACCACUCCAGCCGAUGCUUGGCAUUGCACAUGGUGAUCUUAGGCCUGUGUGUGGCUGCUGGGCCAUGGAAAACCAUUUCAUGAAGCUCCCAAAAAAACAGUCCUAGUGCUGACGUUGCUUCCAGAGGCAGUUUGUAACUUGGACAGACGAUUUUUACACUCUACUCUACGCGCUUCAGAGGUCCCGUUCUGUGAGCUUGUGUGGCCUACCACUUCACAACAGCAGCACUUACAGGGCAGAAAUGUUAUACACCGGUCAGCAACGGGUGUGGCUGAAAUAGCAGGAUUCAGUCAUUUCUGAAGGGGUGUCCACAUACUUUUGUAUAAAUAGUGUACAUCUGGAUGUACAAACCUGCAACCUACAUAUUCAAGGGUUUAAUAUUAGUAUACAUUUUGUCUACUUUAGAAAUAUCCCUAAUUCCUUAAAUGAUCAAACUUCCACUAGUGUAAUGAUAAUAAAGGCCACCCUCAAACCUCUCUGUAUUUUGUUCCGUUCCAGUAGUUACAAAACUAAUUAAAAUCAGUGCAAAGUUCUCAAAGGGGAGUCUACACUGAACACAAAUAUAGAUAAAACAUAUUUUAAAUAAGACUUGACUGAAUUACAGUUCAUAAAGGAAAUCAGUCAAUUGAAAGACAUUUUAUGCCCUAAUCUAUGGAUUUCAUGACUGGCAAUACAGAUGUGCAUCUGAUGGUCACAGAUAUAUUUUUUAAUUUUUUUUAGUUUAGGGGCGUGGAUCCGAAAACCAGUCAGUACUGGUGUGACCAUUUGCUUCUCCUUCACAGAGUUGAUCAAGCUGUUGAAUGUUGUCCCACUCCUCAUCAAUGGCUGUGAGAAGUUGCUCGAUAUUGGCCUGAACUGGAACACGCUGUCGUUCACGAAGAUCAAGAGCAUACGAAAAUAUAGUCAAUGGGUGACAUGUCUGGUAUGGAAGAACUUGGACAUUUUCAGCUUCCAGGAAUUGUUUGCAGAACAUUGACAUCAGCAAACCGCUCGCCCACACGACACCAUACGUUUGCCAUCUGCCCAGUACAGUUGAAACCAGGAUUGAUCAGUGAAGAGCACCGAGCGGUCUGUCUAAACUACUGGCACACAGCUCGGACACCCAUGCAUAUACCACAAGAGGUCUCUUCACAGUCCCAAAUUCCAGAACAGACUAUGGGAGGCACACAGUACUACAUAGAGCCAUAACUACAUGGAACUCUAUUCCACAUCAACUGACGCAAGCAGUUCAAUUUCAUUUAAAUGUUUUUUUUUUUUUUUUUUUGACCUUAUGGAACAGCGGGGACUGUGAAGCAACACAAACAUUGGCACAGACACAUCCAUACACACGAUAACAGUGUGUUGUGAAAUAUGUGAAUGUAUUGUAAUGUUUUUAAAAUUGUAUAAACUGCCUUAAUUUUGCUGGACCCAGGAAGACUAGCUGCUGCUUUGGCAGCUAAUAGGGAUCCAUAAUAAAUACUUCUCCAGUGGCCAUCAAAAGUGAGCAUUUUCCCACUGAAGUCAGUUACGACACCGAACUGCAAUCAAGACCCCGGUGAGGACACAAGAGGCAUGUGGCAGGGUCUACAGUCAAUCACGGACUACAAGAAGAAACCCAGCCCAGUCACGGACCAGGAUGUCUUGCUCCCAGGCAGACUAAAUAACUUUUUUGCCCGCUUUGAGGACAAUACAGUGCCACUGACACGGCCUGCAACGAAAACAUGCGGUCUUCUCUCCUUCACUGCAGCCGAGGUGAGUAAGACAUUUAAACGUGUUAACCCUCGCAAGGCUGCAGGCCCAGACGGCAUCCCCAGCCGCGCCCUCAGAGCAUGCGCAGACCAGCUGGCCGGUGUGUUUACGGACAUAUUCAAUCAAUCCCUAUACCAGUCUGCUGUUCCCACAUGCUUCAAGAGGGCCACCAUUGUUCCUGU